CCCACGAAGAGUUUGUUACUCCUUAUCUCACCCUUCCCCUUGCCAUCCCUUUCGCAGUCCCGUCCAUCGACUCUUACCCUCUUUCAACUACCGUGAGCCUACCGUAAGACUACCGUGAGCCUACCGUAAGACUACCGUGAGGACCGCAAGCAGCAAUUCCAGCCAGCAGGCGAAGAUUCAACAACGAUGGCGAGCCCCCACGAUGAAAAGGACAAGCAACUGGCGUACAAUGAGCAGCCCUCCGUACUGAGGACAACGUCGGGGGAUGAGGAGGACGAUUCCAUCGACCUUAACAACAACACUAAAGCCAGGAUCAGCAACCCGCUUGCCAAACUCUCAAAGGCGCAGCUGCUUGACGAUGCCGAGAACUUUGCUCGGGCAAAGGGCCUUGAGGACGAGGUGGAUCUCAUCAAACGUGGAGCGUUGUUGGCCCAAAAUCCGGCUGGAUUCGAGCACAUUGACGAGCUCAGCACCGAGGAGAAGGCAGCAAUCGACAACGAGAUCAAGCACAAAUGGUCCCACCCGUUGACGCUCUACUUGACCAUCUUCCUUUGCAGUAUUGGUGCAGCGACACAGGGCUGGGAUCAGACGGGCAGUAACGGGGCCAAUCUAUCCUUCCCGCAACGAUUCGGAAUCAACCCGGACAAGGACAUCGAUCCCGCCAACUACGAGCGCAACGAAUGGCUCGUGGGCGUCAUCAAUGCUGCGCCUUACAUUUCGUCUGCCGCACUUGGAGUGUGGCUCUCUGACCCCAUAAACAAUCUCUUCGGUCGUCGAGGCUGCAUCUUCAUCACGGCUAUUAUCCUCAUUGUCACUCCCAUCGGCUCGGGUCUGGCACAGAGCUGGCAGGGACUUCUCGCUGCACGUCUGGUUCUCGGUCUGGGCAUGGGUGCGAAGGGCGCAACUGUCCCCGUCUUUGCUGCCGAAAACGCGCCGGCUCAGAUUCGUGGAGCACUGGUUAUGGGCUGGCAGCUCUGGACGGCGUUUGGCAUUUUCCUCGGAUUCUGCGCCAACGUCGCUGUGGCAGACACCGGAGCCAUCUCCUGGAGGCUGCAGCUCGGUUCAGCCUUUAUUCCUGCGUUCCCCUUGGCCAUUGGCAUCUUCUUCUGCCCAGAGUCGCCCCGCUGGCUGAUGAAAAAGAAUCGGUACCGCCAGGCCUUCACCUCGCUCGUCAGGCUUCGCCACAACCGUGUCCAGGCUGCCCGUGACCUCUUUUACAUCCACACCCUUCUCAUGGAAGAGGCCAAGAUCAUCCGCGGCGAAACGUACUUCAAGAGGGCUGCCGAGUUGUUCACCAUUCCCCGAGUUCGCCGAGCUACUGUUGCUUCCGGCGUCGUGAUGCUUGCCCAGCAGAUGUGCGGUAUUAAUAUCAUCGCAUUCUACUCGAGCACCAUCUUCCAGCAGUCGGGCUUCACGGAUCGUCAGGCGCUGUACGCCUCGCUGGGCUUCGGCGCCAUCAACUUCGUCUUUGCCUUCCCGGCUCUCUUCACGAUUGACACUUACGGACGCAGGACGCUGCUUCUCUUCACCUUCCCCAACAUGGCCUGGAGCUUGCUUGUCGCCGGAUGCAGCACGCUUUUGCCCAUGGGAAAGCUUCGUCUGGGUCUCGUCGCCACUUUCAUCUACAUCUUUGCCGCCUUCUACUCGCCUGGUGAAGGCCCCGUUCCGUUCACGUACUCUGCCGAGGUCUUUCCGCUGGCGCAGCGAGAGCAGGGCAUGGCGUGGGCCGUCGCUGUCUGCCUUGGUUGGGGCGCUGUCCUCUCGAUCACACUUCCACGCCUGCUUGAGGUCUUUACGCCUGCUGGCGUGUUUGGGUUCUACGCCGGUCUCAAUAUCGUCGCCUUCUUCCUCAUUUUCCUCUUUGUCCCAGAGACGAAGCAACUGACUCUCGAGGAACUCGACGGCGUCUUCUCGGUUCCUCACAACACAUUCAUCAAGCACCAGACGACAAAGUCUCUCCCAUACUGGUUCAAGCGCAACGUCCUUUUCCAGCGACAUGCUGAGCGUCCCGAGCCGCUGUUCAAGGUCGAUGACAGGGUCGUCGGCAACGCGCAGAACGUCGUCAACCACUCAAAGGCAUAAACGAAGCAGCUCUUCUCCUCCCACUGCAGGUUCUCA